AUGGCCUCGAUGAUACUGCUCGGCGCCGUUAUAAUCCUGUUGAACCUCGCAUCUAUGUCAUUGGCGCAACCUAAGCACAGAUGCAGAACACAUUGCGGUGACAUUGAGAUUCCCUACCCAUGUGGCAUUGCUAUUGGUUGUGCCAUCGAACAAAGGUUCGAGGUCAACUGCAGCAGGACUGUUGAUGGAAUUGAGAGGCCAUUCAUUCAUGAACAGGAGGUUCUAAACAUCUCAGCAUCCCGGGGUCAAUCCAGAGUUUUAAUGACCAUCCCAUCAUAUUGCUACAAUUCUAGUACAGCAAAAAUGGAUUUGCGCCCUUGGGAUUUUUACUUAGCAUGGCCAUAUCGGUUCUUGGACGUGCAGAACAAGUCCAUAAGCAUUGGUUGCAACUCAAUGGGAUACAUUUACACAGGCAAAUCAAGGUAUGUAGCAGGGUGUAUAUCGGUGUGUUGCAGCCCGGACGAACUGGCAAAUGGCUCGUGCAUCGGCAUAGGCUGCUGCCAAAACACCAUUACCAUGGGAUUAACAAGCUACCAUGCCGUAUUCUAUGAUGUCGACUACCUCAACAGUACGACUAGUUGGCACUUCAACCCAUGCGGCUACUCCAUGGUGGUGGAAGCGGAGAAUUUUGUUUUCAACUCAGUAUAUAACCACGACAAGGGCAUCGUUUUGGAGUUUGCUCCAAUUGAAGGGAGCAGCAACGCCGACAGCGCAUGCCCGGUGGUGCAACUGCUGAUGAAAAUCGCGCCGACUAUGGUCAUGGCGGACAUUGGCGACGUCUUUGAUGUCGUUUCCUUGUCGGGGCAUCGUCGUUGCAGUUUGCGUGACCAGGUUCGGGAUGCUCUGGGGGAAACCCUAGAGUUGGGUCUCCCGGAUCGGAUGAUGACGGCGUUCUCAGUAUCGCUUCUCCUCCUGGGGGCAUCGUUUUGGAGCAAGUGA